GCCAGAGCUCACACCCCAAGACCUCGCCACCCCGUGAGAGCGUCAUCGAGAAAACGGCUGUGACUGGGCUGCCGCCAUGCUGCCGCCGCCCUCGGAGCAGGCCCUGAGCGAGCUGCUGGCUCGCAAGGAGGAGGAGUGGCGCGCGCUGCAGGCCCACCGCGCCCAGCUGCAGGAGGCGGCUCUGCAGGAUGCGCAGCGCCGGCUGGAGGAGGCCGAGGCGAGGCUGCGGCGCCUGCAGGAGGACUUCGUCUACAACCUGCAGCUGCUGGAGGAGCGGGACCGGGAGCUGGAGCGCUACGACGCCGCCUUCGCCCAGGCGCAGAGGCUGCAGGAGGCCAGGCAGGCCGAGGCGAGUGAGCUCAGGAUCGAGGCGGCCAAGCUGCGGCAGGCGCUGGCCAGGGAGGCCCGGCGGCGGGAGGACCUGCAACAGGAGCACCAGCUGAAGCUGCAGGAGCACCGCCUGGCGCUGGAGCGGGUCCACAGCGACAAGAAUGCUGAGGUCGACCGCCAGCGGGAACAGUACGAGAAGCUCAAGUGGCAGCUGGAGAGGAAGCUCCAGGAACUGGACGGCGAGCUGGCUCUGCAGAGGCAGGAGCUGUUGCUGGAGUUCGAAUCUGAAGUGCAGAAGCGGGAGCACGGGUUCCGGCUGCACGCCGACAGCAUGAGCAGCACAGUCCUAACCCACGAGCUCAAGGUGAAGCUUCUGACCAAGGAGCUGGCGGCGCUGAGAGAGGCCGGGGCCCAGGCUGCCGAGUCCCUGCAGGGCGCGCAGGCGGCCAAGGCGGAGCUGGAGGAGCGGCUGCAGCGUGCUGCCUGGGAGCUCCGGGACCUCGCCGCCGUGAAGGACGCCCGGAUCAAAGACUUGGAGGACAAGCUUCAGUCGGUGCAGCUCACCCGGAACACGGAGCAGGAGACCUUCCGGAGGAAGCACGAGGAGCUCGACCGUGUGGCCAGGGAAAGAGACGCGGUGCUGGCGUCGGUGAAGGGCGCUCACGCGGAGCAGCUGCGGGCGCUGGAGGCCCGGGUGCUGGAGCUGCAGGCACAGUGCGAGGCCCUGGAGCUGCAGGUGCGCAGGGCCGAGUGGAGGCAGGCGGACGCCCUGAAGGAGAAGGACGCCGCCAUGGACAAGCUCCGGGAAGAGGCGUCCGCGCUGAGAGCCGGCUGGGAUGCGCAGCUCGCUCAGCUGUCGAAGGAGACAACCUCCAAGGACCUGCAGGUCCAGUCGCUGCAGGAGGACACGGCGCAGCUCCGGGCUCAGCUGGCCCGGUGCCAGCAGGACGUGGGCAGGUACCAGCGGGAGCUGUCUCUGGCGGUGGAGAGGGAGCAGAGCCUGGAGCGGGACAAGGUGCAGCUGGGCCUGGACUGGCAGCGGCGCUGCGAGGGCCUCGAGCGGGACCACUACCACCAGUCCGAGGGGCUGGUGCAGGGGCUGGCCUCGGCCAGGGCACAGGUUGCUGCCAAGCUCCAGGAGGCGGAGCAGAGGCUGCGAGACCAGGAGGUGGUGCUGAGGGCCCUGACCCUGGAGAGAGACCAGGCCCUGCAGGCCCUGAGGGACCACGGGCUCGGCCCUGAGCAGGAGGUGCCGGGGCUCCCUCGGCACCAGGAGGAAGAGGCGAGUGCACGUUUCCCGUCUGGUGAGAUCCAGCGGCUGCAGGAGCAGAACGCGAGCCUGCGCCAUGCGGUUGCGCAGAUGAGGGCCGAGAUGGAGGCUCUGAGCGAGCAGGUGCUCCCUGCUGCCCAGCCAGCAGGAGACACGGCAGCUUCAGGCACCCCCGCAGACGCUGCGCCCGGUUACGUUCUGGCUCUUGAAGCAGAAGUACGAAACCUGAAGGGCAAGUUUAAAGCCCUGGAAGAGCAGCUGGGAGACGCACGGGAGCCUUCGAAGACACCCUCGUCUCCCGCUGACAUCCGGCCCGGCGUCGGCACCGCAGCAGACGCCCCGGGAGGAGCCGUGGCGGCUGAUGGUGCUUCCCUGGGGCUGGGGCUGGCGCUCAGGCGGCUGGGAGACAGGGCACGUCUGCUGAGCUUCCUGGUAGCCCGGCUCCGAGAAAAGGUGCUGCGGGAGCCCCUGCAGGGGGACUCGGUCUGGCAGGAGCUUCCUCACGAGGUGGACCAGGUGCACCUGGAGGUGCGGGAGCUGCAGAAGCAGGUGUCUGAGCUGGAGAAGCAUCUCGCCGCAGCGCCCACUGCUCCAGACUGCGCCGCCCUCGGGAGACAGGGCCCAGCAGCCAGGGUACCCGCAGGGACCGAGGGCCCAGGAUCGCAGCCCCCACAGGCCCUGUCUGUGCAGCGGCUCCAGAGGAAACUGAAGGAGGCGGCCCGGGUGGUCCUCCGCCUGCGGCGGGAGAAGGAGCAGCUGCUGGAGCUAGGGAACAGGCUCCGUGCCCAGCUGGGCCAGCCCGCAGGGAAACCGUGUCACCCCUGCCCCAGCCCCGAGGCCCGGAAGCGCCCUGGCCCAGGCCCACCUUUGGGGCAGCUGCAGCCCCCCGUCACAGCGCAGGACGCUAGGAGCCCGCGGCCGGAGCCUUCCUCCAAAUGCUCGGGGGAGAGCCAGCCCCGGGGGGCACCGCCCGUUCGCAGACAGGGCGCCCGGCAGAAGCAGCACAGACUCCCCGCAGCGGCCUGCAUGCCGGCUCGUCAGAAAGAGAACCGGUCCCCACAGCCACAGGCUCAGGGAGCCCGCCAGGAUGCCGGGCACCACACCCAGGGGUCCUCCUCGCUCGCCAGCAGCUCCCUCCGGGACACGUGGAAGGUGCUCGAACUGGGAUCCAGCCCGUCGGGCCUCACCUCCCAGGAUGACUGGGCGCCAGAGCUCACCGCGUCUCCAGCCGCUGACGGCCCAGCACAGUCUGAUGGGAACCCCGUGGGGCCGCGCGCCACCUUCUCCAUCAAAGGGAUGAAGAUAGAAGCCCAGGCCAAGGCCAAGGCCAAGCCCACCAGACCCUCCAGGGCUCACCCUGCAAAACCUAAAGGCUGCCAGCAGCACCCCAAGAUCCGGAACUACAACUUCAAGGACUGACUCCCCACCCCCCCCUCCUAGUGGGUUUGGGGGCCUGUGUUUUCAUCUCCAGAGCAGAGGUGUGUGUGUGUGAGGCGUGUGCACACCUGGGGGGAUUGUGGCUGCAGCUCAUGCUCCCCAAUGCUGUUGGGGUGUCUCACAGGCCUAGCGCAGAGCUCAUUAAAGCCAC